AGCAGUGGAAAUGUAAUUGAAGAAAAUAUGUAAUAAAGAAAAAGAAAAGUAAAUGAGAUAAUGGCUAUGAAAAGCACCUAGCCCAAUCCCAGACAGAUGCUAAGGACCCAGUCUUGGCUCACCUGAGGGCUGACCCUGUGCCAAGAAUUUGGGCUCCGAGGCUUGAGAGGUGAUCCUGAGGUUAAAAACACACGUGCAGGGCUGGAGAGAUGGCUCAGCGAGUAAGAGCACCGACUGCUCUUCCAAAGGUCCUGAGUUCAAAUCCCGGCAACCACAUGUUGGCUCACAACCAUUCAUAACAAGAUCUGAUGCCCUCUUCCGGAGUGUCUGAAGACAGCUGCAGUGUACUUACAUAUAAUAAAUAAAUAAAUAUUAAAAACAAACAAACAAAACCCACACGUGCAGAGUUCAGUUCCCAGCACCCACUUGAGGCAGCUCCUGUAAUUGUAAUUUCAGCUCCAGAGAAUCAGAUACCCUCUUCUGACCUCUGUGGGUACCUUCAUGCAUGUAUGAUAUGAAGCAGUGAAUCCAGCCUAUGUAUGUAUGUAUACAUACAGAGACUAAUAACACUUCAACCUCCCUUUUAGCCCACAACCUACCAGAGGAAGGGGAAAGAAAGGUAAAUAGGAAACGGGGGUUAGGGACUUGUUUAACAAUAGUUCUUUGGGAGAGAUUCCAAUCUUCAUUGUCAGCAAGCCAGUACACUAGCAACACACCAACCACGAAUCAGCAGUGGCUCAAUCCAGAAGAAACGUCAAGGCUCUGCCGUUGGGCACGAGUCCCAUGAAGUGGCAACAAGCAGCUAGAUCACCACCAGAAGUUCUUUAGUGCAUUACUCUCUGAGAAGUCACAACAAAUGAAGAUCAGCAAAGAAAGCAAGGCGAACCAAUGCCAGAGCCUCGUCUACUGUCUGUCGGGUUAUACGUAUACUCUUUCCAAACAUCAGUGUUCUCUCAAUCAUUGCUCCAGAAAAACAUCACAUGACACAAUAGAAUCUUUAGAAAUUUACACACACACACAGAGACAGAGAGAAUGAGUGAAUGAAUUUAGGUUUGAAUAGUUAUUUAGGAGGUAAUUCCAGGAAACAGGUGGGUCCUGAAAGGAAAGAAGGAAACUAAAGCAUGCAGAUGUUACUAAGUUGUCACUAAAGGUGUUUCUUUCUUUUAAUUAUUGUUUUAUUUUAUGUUCAUUGGUGUUCUACCUGCUUGUAGUAUGUGUGAGGGUGUCAGUUCCACUGAAACUAGAGUUAUAGACAGAUGUGACCUGCCAUGUGGGUGCUGGGAAUUGAACUCGGGUCCUUUGAAAGGGCAGCCAGUACUCCUGAUCCCUGAACUAUCUCUCCAGCCUCUAAAAGGGUUUCUUAAUUCUCCUAGAACACAUCUUGGAACUGGGUAUAGGAAGUUCCUCCUGAGGAACCAGGAAGCUGCAGUAUUCACUCCCAGCCCCUACCCUUCAUUAGUUGAGGGUUGCUAGAGGGUUCUAGCUUUCCAUUACUCUGGCCUUAUUUAACUGCACAGCCAAGAAUGCUCCAGGAGAGAGAUGCAAAUGGGAGUUGGGGCCAAAAUGUGUGCAGGUAACAUCCAGGCUAGGGAGGCAUCCUGGGUGAGAGGGCACAGCACUGCCAGCACUUGCAGUUUGAACCAGGUAGGAGUAAGCAAAGACUACAACUUAGCCUGGGCCCUUUUCUCUGAGCCCUGAUGAUUCCUAACUUCCUAUCUGGUAUAUCUGUGGCUCUUCCACUCCUAACUACCCCCACACCCACCAGCACCCCAUCAUGCCUUCCCUGGCCUCUCCCUUCCCAAGGCCCUGCUGGCUGCCAUGUUAUCUACCCAUUACCAGCCCACCCUGAUUCCUUUGUUGAGAGUUCUUCCAUAUUAAGUGUCAAAUGUCUUCCAGCCCCAGUUGGGAUUCAAAUGUCCUGCCUCUCUCCCUCCCACACCUUCCUGCCCUGAAUAAGAGGUCCAGUGCCUAAGGAGGACCACAGGUGUCACAGGAUGGCUCCUGGCCUUUCCCUGUGGGACUCAUCCCACCCUCAGUGCCCUGCCCAUUGGAGUGCCCCCCUCCCCAGCUUUCAAGGAGAAGGAGACAUUUGUGAUCUGGCAAGGGCUAGGCAGGCACUUUGCCUUGUGCCUCCUUGUACCCAACAGCGUGGAGGAACUGCCCAAGCUCAUCACUUCUCCAUGGGUAAUUUAUACUCCAGUAACUGGGGCCAGGUAUGUGGAGAAUUCCAGAAGGAAAGCUCCUGAGGGCCAGGGCUUCUGCGAGCCUGUGAGGGUGAGGGGGGGCGUGGGGCGUGGAGGAGAUGCUGAUCUCAGCCCCUGAGGUGUUGUUGGACUCCUACGAGUGUGGGCAUAGCUCCCCAGAAAGUCCAUGCCCCACACGGGGACCUCCUAUUGCCCUUCUCAACCUUUUCCGGAAAAGAAAAAUUCAGUACGUCCCAAGGAUCCUGCACCUUCUUUGUUCUUCUCAGAGGGUCUCAAGCUGAUGUGCUGAUGUCUGCAGCUUUGUCCUUCCUCCAGCCUUGCUAGCACACGCACGAGGUGCAGGGGGAGGGGCAUUUGCAGACUCAGAAGUGAGGAAGGAAAAGUGGGGCAUUUUCACCUCUUACUUUACUAAGGACAUUGACCCAUUUAUCAUUCUCUUCCCUCAGACCUUCCCCCCAAGGCCACUCAGCGUGGACAUCUGUCCCAUACAAAAUCUCACCUCCUACUGUCCUUGCUUGCAGCACAGUCCAUGCCUUGCCCGAGUCCUCUCUCCCCACACAAACCAGAAAGCUGGUCUGUAGGAUGCCUUGGGCCACCCUAGGGUGGCCUCUCUAGCGGCCUCGGUUUCCCCACCUGCUAACUUGGAUCAAUGACGCCUGAGCGCGGCACCCGGUGGGUAACGCUCAGGAUCCAGGAAUGAGGAAGGGUCCCAUGCUCAGCGCAGGCUCGGUGCGGUGCCCCAGGCCCAACUGCUCGGCGCCCCUCCCUCGUCCUCCGCUCUCCCCUCCGCCUCCCCUGCUCCCCGCCCUUGCGUUUCUCCGCUUCAGCUUCUGCUGUCCUUCCCACUUGCUCACGCCUCCCUUGCCGGGGUCCCCACUCGUCGCCGGCUAAACCCCCGCCACCCCUGGAGGCCCGGUCAAGCCGCAGCGCGGGCGACCAGUGUGUAGCCCGGCGUCCUCACCGAGCAGGAUAGCCGGCUGGGACCGAAGCCGACCCGCCCGCCACCAGCCAGGAGCCAGCCAGCCUCCAAGCACAAAGAGACAAAGGGAGUUAUCCCCCUGAAUAAUUAAAAGAAAUGGUUCCUCUGUAUAUCCUUGGCUGUCCUGGAACUCACUUUGUAGACCAGGCUGGCCUCAAACUCAAAAAUCUGCCUGCCUCUGCCUUCCAAGUGCUGGGAUUAAAGGUGCCAUGCUGCUGCUCUUGCUGGGCUUCCUAGGCCCGGCGGCCUGCUGGGCACUGGGCCCGGCUGGCCCUGGCUCCUCGGAGCUGCGGUCAGCCUUCUCGGCGGCUCGCACCACCCCGCUGGAGGGCACGUCGGAGAUGGCGGUGACCUUCGACAAGGUGUACGUGAACAUCGGGGGUGACUUCGACGCAGCCACCGGGCGGUUCCGCUGUCGCGUGCCGGGCGCCUACUUCUUCUCCUUCACGGCCGGCAAGGCCCCGCACAAGAGCCUGUCGGUGAUGCUGGUGCGCAACCGCGACGAGGUGCAGGCGCUGGCUUUCGACGAGCAGCGACGGCCAGGCGCGCGGCGCGCGGCCAGCCAGAGCGCCAUGCUGCAGCUCGACUACGGCGACACGGUGUGGCUGCGGCUGCACGGCGCUCCGCAGUACGCGCUCGGCGCGCCGGGCGCCACCUUCAGCGGCUACCUGGUGUACGCGGACGCCGACGCCGACGCGCCUGCGCGCGGCCCCGCGGCCCCGGAGCCGCGCUCGGCCUUCUCCGCGGCGCGCACGCGCAGCCUGGUGGGCUCGGACGCCGCCCCCGGCCCGCGCCACCGGCCGUUGGCCUUCGACACCGAGCUGGUAAACAUAGGUGGCGACUUCGACGCGGCGGCCGGCGUGUUCCGCUGCCGCCUGCCGGGAGCCUAUUUCUUCUCCUUCACGCUGGGCAAGCUGCCGCGCAAGACGCUGUCGGUGAAGCUGAUGAAGAACCGCGACGAGGUGCAGGCCAUGAUUUACGACGACGGCGCUUCGAGGCGCCGUGAGAUGCAGAGUCAGAGCGUGAUGCUGCCGCUGCGGCGCGGCGACGCCGUCUGGCUACUUAGCCACGAUCACGAUGGCUAUGGCGCCUACAGCAACCACGGCAAGUACAUCACUUUCUCAGGCUUCCUGGUGUACCCUGACCUCGCCGCCGCCGGCCCGCCGGCCCUCAAGCCCCCAGAGCUCUGAGCCUCUGCUUGGAGGAGCCCGGGAGAGCCGUGGGGCAUGCAUGCCGAGCCGGGACCGCGGCCCGAACGCCCCACCGGUCCGAGCAUGACUGCCUGCUCAGCACGCCUGGACUCUGCCAAUAAAGUGGGGCUGCCUGUCAGCCUUAUGGUCCUGCCCUGUG